AUGCCACCAUCAUCCUCGCUGUUGAAACCAGAAAAACCGGCAGACAGCACUCCACGUCCACCAUCCAAGCGACGAAUUGAUUCGGUAGAGCGCUUUGCACGGCUGCCUGUUUGGCCCGUCUGGAAUGGAGUCUUUUUGUUUGUCAUUUCUCGCAUCUUGGGCAAGGAUAUAGCGGCCAAGUUGGAAGAUGCGAUUGGCGGUCGAGUCUGUCCCAAUUUCUAUCAAGACACGGAAAAGACAUCGCCAUUUAUCAUGUUGGUCCAUCAUCGACAUUCGUUUGCCGCUUGGGAUCCUCUGCGAUAUAUCCAGCGCACGUUUUUCCCCGAAGGAUUUCCCUCCCAUCCGCACAGAGGCUUUAUCACUGUCACGUACUUUUUGCGAGGUGGUUUUACCCACCGAGAUAGUAUGGGCGUCCAGCAACGGUACGGGGCCGAAGAGAGACAUGACGGCAAACACACACAAUAUCUCAUGACGGGAUCGGGAUUGCUACAUGAAGAAAUGUUUGAUCUGCAAGCCGACAACGCCUUUGGGGUGUCAGGACAAGAACUGUAUCAAUUGUGGUUGAACGUACCCGCCAAAAACAAAAUGGAUUCUCCAUUCAUUCAGGUUCUGGGUGGCGAGGAUGAAACCCCUUCUGUGGUGAACAGUGGAGUCGAGACCAUUGUCAUUGCAGGGACGUAUCAAGAUCAUUCCGCAUCUGCACGCCUAUUUUCGGAGGUGUCCAUAUUUCAUGUCAAGAUGGAACCGACCUCCACAUGGAAGUACACUUUGCCUUCGAGUCAUGCCACUGGUAUACUCUAUAUUCGAACUGGAUCGGUCUCUGUUGACGACGAAACAGUGGGUCCUCACAAUACUAUUUACUUGACUUCGUUUGGCGAUGAAGUAAUUGUUACUACGGAAAACGGGGCCGACUUUUUGUUCCUGUCAGGAGCUCCCCUCAUGGAACCGGUUGCUGCACAAGGAUCCAUGGUUAUGAACUCGGCAUAUGAUAUCAAUGAGGCGUACCAAGAUUAUCAAGCUGGAAAAAUGGGUGCACCUUGGGACCACAAGCUAACCGACAAGGAAUGGAAAGAUCAUGUCAACCGAUAUCCUUCCAUCUACAGGUAG